CUGAACGCCAGAGGAAGAAGACGGCGGUGGUGUCAUUAUUUUGUAUCUUCAGUGAACGGAGAGCUAUCGGACACGGUUUACAGAGAUUAUACAUCUGUUAAUCUGCAUUUAUUUUGGCCUGAGAACAUGAAGAGAUUGAUGCUACUGAAUUUAAUACUUUGUGGUAUCCUGUUUCACAACACGUGGGCCUGGUCAGUAACGAUGCCACACAGCAUUCGUGGCCUACAGAAAUCCUGUCUUGUUAUACCAUGUUCAUUCUACUACUCAUCUUAUCCACCUACGAAUCCAUAUCGGAUUGUGUGGUAUCAGUAUGUUGACCGUGGAUAUCCUGCAGUGUUUAACAGUUGGAACCCUGGUUCAGUAAUUGAUAGAUACAAAGGAAGAACCAGCUUAUAUAAGCCAACAUACAGGGGCUGCAGUCUGCUGAUUAAAGACCUUAGUCUUUCCCACAGCGGAGACAGAAUAUAUGCUUGGGUAGACCCGGAAAAUAUUGGAUGGCGCACUUACAAAUUCUAUGAUGCGUCUACUAUAAUUUAUGUUGAUUCAUCUGCAGAAAAGCCCAGUGUUCACAUUUCUGGAGGUGCUAAAAUUGGGGAUAGAAUUACAAUUGAGUGCACAACAUAUCACACCUGUCCUUAUGAACCACCCUCUCUCAGUUUGAAAGGGAUUGAGAAACAUUAUGAAAAAGACGACGCAUUGUUAAACAGAAACAUUGGUGAUGGCAAGUGGGAAAUCACACUGACACGUGAAGGGAUUGUUCAGUCUGAAACACAAACAAUUGAGUGUUCUGUUAGACACAGUGGUGGCCUCACUGCAUCUACUACAAAAAUACACACUGCACAGUGUACCAUUGAUCAACCCAAAAUCGAUGAUCUAAACACAGGGUUUCUGGAGGGUGUGCAACAAGACAUUGUUUGCUCUGUUACAUACAGGUGCUCAAGUUACCAACCUCAGAUUCUUUGGAAUGAUGGAAAUUUACAUGGAAGCAUAACUUUUAUAAGCACACAAGGAAUAAGACAUGAAGCUAAAUCCACAUUAAGGUUUACAGCAAAGGCUAAUGAUAACGGCAAGACCAUUACCUGUAAAGCAACUUUUAAAGGAUCUUCCCAAAGAGCACAGAUGACUUUAAGAGUUAAGAGGUCAAAGGGCUCUCUUGAUUGGAGCUUCACAAUGCCCAGUAAAAUCACUGGAAUUCGGGGUUCCUGUGUGGUCAUUCCCUGCAAUUACAAAUUUAAAAAUUCUCACCGUAGUGGUGUUGUGAAAUGGUAUCGGUUCUUGAAUUCAGCUUACUCUCUAGUGUAUGGUGAUCCAACACAAAAUAUCAUGGAUAAGUUUAAAGGAAAGACAAGUUUAUAUCCAUCCUCAGAUGACAAAAGCUGCAGCUUAAAGAUACAGCCACUUGAGAGCAAUCAUAAUCAGGAAAGACUCUUUCCAUGGAUGGACCCAAAUUCUAUUGAAACAUACAACAUAAACGAUUUUAAGGAUGAAACUAUUGCCAUUGAGGUGACAGAGAUCGUUGUGGAACCACAGGGAGAGCUUCUUGGCAUAGCUAAAGUUGGUGAACCAGUAACUUUGUCCUGCAGUGUGAUACACACCUGCCCUCCAUCACCUCCAACAAUUAGCCUUAAUAUUUCACGUGGAUCUUCACCACCUCUUAGUAAUACACCCCAAAACAAUGGGGAAUGGAAAAUAACCAAAAAGAUUACAUGGACCGUUGAAGAAAAUGAUAAUUCUGUUACUUGUACUGUGAGAUAUGCAGGUGGACAGACAUCAAAGACUGAAAUCAGUAUUAAUCCUUCAUGUCCAAUUGAUGAAGCCCAGAUUACGCCUGAUUCAGAGUUCCUCGAGGAUGUUGAACAAAAGAUUACUUGCUCUGUUACAUACAUGUGCUCUAAAGACCGGCCGUACAUUAUUUGGAGCGGUGAAUCGUUACCUGGCAGCACGUUUUACAUAACAAAGCAGGGAAAAAAACACAAAGCUACUUCCACAUUAAAGUUAACUCCAAAAGCUAGUGAUCAUGGAAAGACCAUUACCUGUCAAGCAGAUUUUAAAGGGAAUGUUCAAACUGUGGACAUCACUUUAAGAGUUCAAAGAUCAAUGGGCUCACUUGACUGGAGUUUCACAAUGCCCAGCACAAUAUCUGGUGUCCGAGGUUCCUGUGUGGUCAUUCCCUGCAAUUACGAAUUCAAAACAUUGCAGCAUAGUAGGACCAAUGUGAAAUGGUAUAAACUCUCCACUACAGAUUACUCCCUGGUGUAUGACCAAUUAGCAAACAAUAUCAUUACACAGUUCAAAGGAAAGACAAGUUUAUUUGGAUCCCCAAAUGACAAAAACUGCAGUUUAAAGAUACAGCCGCUUGAAAUGCAGCAUAGUAAAGAACGACUCUUUCCGUGGAUGGACCCAAACUCUAUUGAAUCCUAUCACAGCAAAAAUUUUGACCACGUAACUGUUUCCCUUGAGGUGACAGAUAUUGUUGAGAUACCACAGGCAAACCUUCUUGGCAUCACUAAAGUUGGUGAGUCAGUAACCUUGUCCUGCAGUGUGAUACACACCUGUCCUCCAACACCCCCAACACUGAGUCUGAGUAUUACACGUGGAACUUCACAGUUUAGACACACACCUAUUCAUGAUGGGAAAUGGAAGGUAACCAGAGAGAUUACAUGGAUUGUUGAGGAAAAUGAUAAAUCUGUUACAUGCAUUGUGAGUUACGCAGGUGGACAGACAUCAAAGACUGACACCAGUAUUAAUCCUAUAUGUGAUUUUCACAAUCCUGUUAUAAGUCCAAGCCAAGAUGAGGUUAUGGAAGGCAUUGUGAAGAUCUUUACUUGUACAGUGCAGCACACCUGUCAAAAAGAUAAACCGAACAUAAUCUGGAAUUACAAAGACAUGCCAGUUUCUGUUAAAACAAAUAAAGUUUCUUCCUACAUUUGGAAUACAGUUUCCAGUUUAAAAUUUAGAGCAUCAAGGGAUGACCAUGGAAAGACCUUAACAUGCACAUCUCAAACUUCAGUGGGAGAGACUUCAGAUCAUGUUACUUUAAAAGUAAAACGAGGAAUGUUUUCACUGGACUGGACCUAUUCAAUGCCCAGUAAGAUCACAGGCCUCCAGAGCUCCUGCCUUGUCAUUCCUUGCAGCUUUGAAUUCACAAAAGAAAAACAAAGCAACGUUGAGGUGAAAUGGUACCAAUACAUUAAAGACACAUUUCCUUUAGUGUAUGGCCCAGAUAGUGAGAAUAUUGUAAACAUAUUCUUUGGAAAGACAAGACUGCUUGAAUUGCCAAGUGAGAGCAAUUGCAGUUUGGAAAUCAAGCAACUCAAUAUGCACCACAAUAACAAAAGACUGUAUCCCUGGAUGGAUCCUACACCAGUUGAGAAAUUUCACAAGGAAAAUUACUACGACAAAUCUAUUGAGCUCACCAUAAAAGAGCAAGCUGAUAAACCAAAACUAAGUAUUAUUGGUGUAGCAAGAGUGGGUGAGCAAGUCACAGUGUCUUGUAGUGUUCUACAUACCUGUCCAUCCAACCCUCCAAAUCUAAAAGUGGGGAAAGAACUUGACACUGAUGUUACUUCACACAAUCCAGUACAGGAUGGCUUUUGGGAAAUGAAAAGGAUUCACACAUUUAAAAUUAAGGAAGAGGAGAAAACUGUUCAAUGUAAAGCAACAUUCCAUGGUGGACAGACAUCAGAGGCACAAAUCGAACUUAAUGCUCAGUGUACUUAUACAGAUAUAACCAUUGAUCCUGAAGUGGGCGAUGUUGUAGAAGGUGUUGGGAAUAACUUCACCUGCACAGUUUUCCAUUCUUGCAAGAAUCAGCCUCUAAAAUUUGCUUGGAACUACAAAGAGUUACCAGAGACUUUGGGGACCAAAAAAGGCUCAUUGUUAAACUGGGCCACCUUCUCCAAUGUUUUCUUUAUAGCUUCACUGGAAGAUGAUGGAAAGAAACUGACUUGCACUGCAACAUUUUCUGGUGGAGAGAUCACAACCUCCAUUGUUUUACAGGUUCAAAGAUAUGUGCCCAAAUUUGUGGAUCCAUUUGAAAAUGACACUUUCCACAUUUUAGAGGCAAAUGUCGUGCCCAAGAUCAGUGCUUUGACCCGCUCUUGUGUGGUGAUACCAUGUACUUUCAAAACGGGUGAUAUGCUAAUUACGCGCCUUCGAGGUCUGUGGUACUCCAGUACUGGUGAAUAUGUUUACCACACCGGAAAGUCAAACAUUAUGGACAACUUUAAGGGCCGCACACGGCUUCUGGGGAUGACAGAUGAGGAGAACUGCACUUUAGAGAUUGAUAAUGUCCAAUCUCAUGAUAAUGGGCCGUUCUGCUUCCGUGCAGAAAAGGGUAAUGAUAAGUACAGCUUCAACCACAGCUGUGUGUUCAUCAUCAUGAAAGCAACUCCUGACAAGCCUGUGAUAUCAGCUCUUCCCAAGGAGAUGGAGCCAGGCAAGCGAUUUACAAUACACUGUUCUGUCACACAUACAUGUUCCUCACAUCCGCCAAAUAUCACAUGGAAUGUUCGGGCUGCCAGAGAAGUGGUUAAGCAUGUGGAGAAGAAUGCAGGCAAAUGGGAAACAACCUCCUCAAUUACUUUCAUCCCAACUGGCUAUGAAGAAGAAGAAAAUCUCAUUUGCAGAGUCACUUUCUGGAAGGGAAAAAAACAAGAAAGCUCAGUCUUUCUAAGUGUAAAACGAUUUGAAGGACUGGGUAUGGGCAUUUUAGGACUUUAUAUAUCUCUGCCUUUGGUUUUACUAUUGCUUUUGUGUGCUGGAAUUAUCAUUUGUAGGAGAAGAGUUCAAACGAAAACUAGUGAUGAAGCAACACCUGAGAGAAGGAGAUCAUUUUGGACCCAAAUUUCCAGGAGAUAUAAUGGGACUGCAGGUUGGCUAAAUUCCACUAUGGAGACCAGACCACCUCCAAGGCCACCAAAACCAGAGAAGAGGGGCAGCAUCUGGAGCAGGUUUUCCAGGAGAAGUCCAGCACCCAGUGCAGAUCAGAGGGUGCAGUACAAGGUAAACAAUACCAGAGUAUCCACAUCUGCAGGAUAUUAAAAUCCCCGCUUUCCAUCACUAUUGAAUGAACCAAAAUCCUACAUAUCAGGAGUUGCCACUUAGCAAGUAUCAUGAUGAAGAUGAUUCCACCAACACUGCAGAUUUUAGAAUCUAAAUAAAUGAAAUGCUGUUUUUUCUAUUAGGCUUGGAAUAUUUGGGUCUCAUGCAGCUUUUGUGUGUGUGUGUGUGUGUGUGUGUGUGUGUGUGUGUGUGUGUGUGUGCUGUUUGUGUAGAAUAAUAUAAGAAAGACAAUACAGUAAUCCCCUGUAAAUGAACACCACCCCAAAAAUGCUAUUUUAUGUAGACAGUAAUCAAAUUCAAAUUAAAUUCAAAUUAAAUUUGUCACAUACACAUUGCAAGUAAUUAUAUCUGCAAGUAAUGCAAAUAAAAGUGAAUAAUUGUAUUCACUAUUAAUGUGAAUAAUAGUGUGCAGCGACUAUUACUAGUAGUGUACUGUAUUAACAUUUUACUUCGUUUUAUAAUUAAUAAUUAUAUUUUUAUUAAUAAAUUUCAUUAUUUUAACAUGAAACUUCAUAAAAAACAAUUCCCUAUAAGUUUUUUGGUCUAUAGUGCUAGCCGAGAUUGGGAAAAUCAGCCAAACGAAUUAGUUACGUGGCAAAUGCUAUUCUGCGAUAAAACGUGGGCACGAGUUUCAAAUCACGUUAAAGUGGGGGAUUACUGUACAGCGCUAACUAAAGGAAGAGUUUUGUAAUGCCAAAAAAAAAUGUAGACAGAAUAAUGUAACAAGAUAUAUGUAUUAAUCAUUUUAUUUUUAGACAUAUGUGUGUUGGUAAUGUAUAACAAAUGAUAUAAACCAUUUUAUAGCAUUUAGCCUCAUCAGCUUUGUCCUUCAUUAUGUAAUGUGCGUAUGGAAUGCAUUGUGUGCUAAAUAAAAAUUGGAAAAUUA